UGAUAAUUAGAAAGUGGUGGAAUGGCAUGGUCCGGACUGGGACUAUGGUACAUAGGGGUGUGGGGUCUGGCUUCCACCCCCCAUGGCAUUUUUCUACCAAAAAGUUGCCCCUUCCUCUCAGCUACGAUGCAUCCCCAGAAAUACCAUUCCAGUAAAAGACAGCUUUGGGCCAAAUACCAGCUGGAGCCUGGAGGAGAGAUUUUAGCAGGAGAUGGCAGACUCUCUCCCUUCUCCAUACCCUGUGGUCCAGACCCUACCACCAGGAGCUGCUAAGAAUAACAAGCCCAGGAUGGGUGGUCAUGUGGUAAAACCUAUCUUCCAUUCUGGCUCCAACUCAGUUCAUUCAGUACUGGUUCCCAGAUGCUGGGUGCUGACACUAGGCCUGCCACCUUGAUCUUGAUGGGAACAUGGGAUGGAUAAGCUGAUGAAGUAUAUCAGUGUACUUGGAAAGGAGAUUACAGGAUAGGCACUGCUUGGAUUUCUAUCAUAAUGCUUCGCAUACCAAAGAGAUUUGUCCUUUUUCCUUCCUUCAUUGCAUUUCUUGACUUAUCUAGAGUUCGUCCAUUGAUGAUUUCAUCCGCAUGUUGCUUUUCCACAAAAAAGAAGAAACAUGGCCGAAGCAGUGAUGUAUAUCACAACCCAAACAGUGCAAAAACAGUUACAAAAAUGUAACAUAAUAAAUUAGCAACACAAUAGCAAAUGGAGCAACUUACGAAAAGCAACAUUUCAGUACUAUAAAUGUAACAAGAUUAUAUUAACAAUACGACACCUCUGGGCAAUAGCAAAAAUAACAAGGGAGUGUAACAGUUUCACCUUGAUCGUUAUAAAAAAAAUAAACCCUCCCACAAUGUUGCUCGCAGUUUCUCUCCUGCAGCAAAGCACAGGGUAGCUGCAAAAAAACCUCUCCCAUUUGGCUACCCUCCCAUGAUAUUUAGACCAGCACUAUCUAAAUUUGUGGAGCUAAACAGGACUUCAGAGUCACAUAACCUAGAGCAGUGUUUCCCAACCUUGUGCCUCCAGAUGUUUUGAGACUACAAUUCCCAUCAUCCCUAGCUAGCAAGACCAGUGGUCAGGAAUGAUGGGAAUUGUAGUCCGAAAACAGCUGGAGGCACAAGGUUGGGAAACACUGAUCUAGAGCUUUCCCCAAAGGUUUCUAUUUUUUUGCAGGUGAAAGUUCUUAGGCACCCUGGCCUGUGUUUCUUAAAACCGCAUGCUUGUCAUUUAGUCAAAGCAUAUCAAGCUGUGAAUGUUUAGAAGCUCUUAUCAAGAGAGGUAAACCUGAGACGUUUACAGUCUGGCGGCAGAUUGGCACACAGCCAUUCUUAACCAUUAUACUUUCAAGCUGCUGUAAUUUAUUUUAUGAUUUGCCUAGCAUUCUUGCCUAAGUGUUGCUGCUGCCUCUUCUGCCCUGACCCACCGGGACAGCACCUGGACCUGACACUGUUACCGCCAGGUAUGGAGGUGUUUUGAAAUCCAACACUGCCAGGCCUUCUGCCUAACAAUGUAAAAUAAGGCAGGGAUGCCAAGUUACUGAUAAAGUUAACACAAACUGAACAUUAUUCCAGUAACAGCAAGGCAUGGAAAGAUGUGUAAUGGCCACAGCAUGGCCAACCAUAUAUAUUGCUCUGUUUUAUCUGAUGCAAUGUGUAGAAAAUUGCAUCUGUCUACAGUUUUGCAAUGCGCUUGCGGUUUUUAAGAAUGAAAGCUGCCAUUGAAAAUGCUUAAACGUCAACAGUGGGAUUCAUAUUGUUCAGAUACAUUUCAAUAUCUCAAGGCUGAGGCGAAUGAUUGUGGAGUUGCUUUGAAAUCUAGCUAGAAAAUGUAGGGAAACUUUAAAAUCUAGUUAUCAGAAAGCAUUGCUUUUGGGAUUCCAGAAAGCACAAAUGGCCGUAUCGGCUCCAUUCAUCUGAUAAUGGCUCGGCCCCAAGGUUUGAGGUUCAAAGCUCACAGCCACUGCUGACAUUUGUGACCGAGACAGCACUUGGCGUGGACUACAGUGCUUCAUAGAACUUAGAUAGCAAUAAGCUGGGUCUCUUGGAGGUAUUACUAGUUGGAAAUCUAGAUUUGCUGAGUAGAUUCAGUUGAUGACCAGCCACAGUAUCUCUGCUGUGUGCUGUUGCCAUCUGUGGUGGUGCCAGUGUAAACGGAGGGAUGAAGAUGGUGUUCUGGACACAGCUGGGUUUGCUGCUAUGGAAAAAUUUCACCUAUAGAAGAAGGCAAACGUUCCAGUUGCUGAUUGAAAUCAUUUGGCCUUUGUUUAUCUUCUUUAUAUUGAUAUCUGUGCGGCUGUCGUUUCCACCCUAUGAACAACAUGAAUGUCAUUUUCCAAACAAGGCAAUGCCUUCAGCUGGAACGUUGCCAUGGGUCCAAGGGAUUAUCUGCAAUGCCAACAAUCCCUGCUUCCGCUACCCAACUCCUGGAGAGUCACCAGGCAUUGUUGGAAAUUUUAACAAGUCUAUUGUUUCCCGCCUGUUCUCUGAUGCCAAACGAUUGCUACUGUAUAGCCACAAAGACACCAGCAUUAAGGAUGCACAGAAAGUCGCAGGGAAACUGCAGAAAGUUGGGAAGACUAUUUCAGGUGUGAAAGUCCGAGAUUUCCUGGUUGACAAUGAGACCUUCUCUGACUUUCUACAUCACAAUGCUUCCCUACCAAAGUUUGUUAUAGAAGAAAUCCUGAAUGCCGAGGUCAACAUCCAACAGGUCAUUACAUCUGGCUACCGGAUAAGUGUGAAAGACCUUUGCAAUUCAACCAAGCUGUCAAAGUUUGUCAACAUCCAAAACCCAGUGGUAGAUGUUCUCAGCAAUGCCUUGAUUUGCUCCAUUCCUAAGGAAAAGCUUUCUGCUGCAGAGAGAGUGUUUCAGGACAAUCUAGAUGUCAUGAAGCCAUUUAUGAAAGGAAUCGCCUCCAACUCCACUCUUCAGGAUCUCAAGGAAACCACAGAGACUUUCAUGGAGAGCCUCGGGAAGCUCCUUAGAGAGCUCGGGAGCAUGAAAAGCUGGAGUGACAUGAGGCAGGAGGUGGUGUUCCUGACCAGUGUGAACAGCACAAGUUCUUCUACCGAAAUUUACCAGGCGGUAUCCCGAAUAGUUUGUGGACAUCCUGAGGGAGGGGGAUUGCAGAUCAAGUCUCUCAACUGGUAUGAAGACAAUAACUACAAAGCUUUGUUUGGAGGCAACAGCACGGACGAAGAUGCUGCCAAUUUCUAUGACAACUACACAACACCCUACUGCAAUGACCUAAUGAAGAAGCUGGAGUCCAGCCCGCUUUCCAGAAUCAUAUGGAGAGCUCUGAAACCUUUGCUUAUGGGGAAGGUCUUGUACACCCCUGACACGCCAGCAACGAGGGCAGUCAUGUCUGAGGUAAACAAGACGUUCCAGGAGCUGAGUGUCUUCCGUGAUCUCGGAGGGAUGUGGGAGGAGAUAAGACCAAAGAUAAGAGUGUUCAUGGAGGAAAGCCAGGAAAUGGAUCUAGUUCGGACGUUACUGAAGAACAAGUUCCUUUGGAAACACCACUUAAUGGGUUCAAGCUGGACUGUAGAAGACCUGUCCCUCUUCUUGGCAAAGAACCCGGAGGAUGUUCAUCCGGUGAAUGGCUCAACCCGCACCUGGAGGGAAGCUUUCAAUGAAACUGACCAUGCUGUUCUGACUAUUUCCCGCUUCAUGGAAUGUGUCAAUCUGGACAAGCUGGAAGCCAUGCCUAGUGAAGUGAGGCUUAUCGACAAGUCCCUGGAGCUGCUAGAUCAGAGGAGGUUUUGGGCAGGCAUCGUUUUCCCGGAAAUCGCUCCUAGCAGCGUGAAGUUGCCACAACAUGUCAAGUACAAGAUAAGGAUGGACAUCGAUAGCGUGGAGAGAACAAACAAAAUUAAGGACGGGUACUGGGAUCCAGGUCCUCGAGCUGAUCCUUUUGAGGACAUGCGCUACGUCUGGGGAGGCUUUGCUUACUUGCAAGAUGUGAUAGAGCAGGCGAUCAUCCGUGCUGUGACCGGCUCAGAGAAGAAAACUGGAGUCUACGUUCAGCAGAUGCCCUACCCCUGUUAUGUGGAUGAUGUAUUCUUGCGUGUCAUGAGCCGCUCCAUGCCCCUCUUCAUGACUCUGGCUUGGAUCUACUCUGUGGCCGUGAUCGUCAAGGGCAUUGUGUAUGAAAAGGAGGCCCGCCUGAAAGAGACCAUGAGGAUUAUGGGCCUAAACAACGGCACCCUCUGGCUCAGCUGGUUCAUUAGCAGCCUCAUCCCCCUUCUCAUGAGCGCUGGGCUCCUAACGCUGAUCCUCAAGAAAGGAAACCUGCUGCCUUACAGUGACCCCAGCGUGGUGUUUGUCUUCCUGUCUAUCUUUGGCAUCGUGACCAUAACGCAGUGCUUCCUCAUCAGCACCUUUUUCUCAAGGGCCAACUUGGCGGCAGCUUGUGCGGGGAUCAUCUACUUUACUCUCUACUUGCCUUGCACGUUGAAUUUUGCCUGGCAGGAUUACAUGACCUUCUCUCUCAAAACGUUUGCGAGCCUGCUUUCCCCGGUAGCCUUUGGGUUUGGCAGUGAGUACCUUUCCCUGUUUGAAGAGCAGGGUGUUGGGUUGCAAUGGGACAACGUCUUCAUGAGCCCCUUGGAAGGAGACAGCUACAACCUGACAACUUCUGUGUGCAUGAUGCUGUUCGAUAGUCUGCUAUAUGGGAUUCUGACUUGGUACAUCGAGGCUGUCUUUCCAGGUCAAUACGGCAUCCCCAGACCCUGGUACUUUCCCUUUACAAAGUCCUACUGGUGUGGUGAGGAAUCUGGAGAGCAACAGACCCCUUCUCUUGUGAAAAAUUCAUCUGAAAUCUGCAUGGAAGAAGACCCACGUCAUCUUCACCUUGGGGUAUCAAUUCAAAGCCUGGUGAAGGUUUACCGUGAUGGCAAGAAACUGGCUGUCGACGGCCUUACUCUGAAUUUCUACGAAGGGCAGAUUACCUCCUUCCUGGGACACAACGGAGCUGGGAAAACUACCACAAUGUCCAUCCUGACUGGGUUAUUCCCCCCAACUUCAGGCACAGCCUUCAUCCUUGGCAAAGACAUCCGUUCUGAGCUCAGCACCAUCCGGAAGAAUCUGGGUGUCUGCCCCCAGCACAAUGUCCUGUUUGAUGAGUUGACAGUGGAGGAACACAUCUGGUUUUAUGCGCGCCUGAAGGGACUGUCGGAAAAGCUGGUGAAAAAGGAAAUGAAGCAGAUGGCCAUAGAUGUUGGUUUGCCUCAUAAACUCAAAUCGAAGACAAGCAAACUCUCUGGUGGCAUGCAGAGAAAGCUUUCAGUAGCUUUGGCCUUUGUAGGCGGCUCUAAGGUGGUCAUUCUGGAUGAGCCGACGGCUGGCGUCGACCCUUAUUCUCGCAGAGGGAUCUGGGAGCUGCUUGUGAAAUAUCGCCAAGGUCGCACCAUCAUUCUCUCCACGCACCAUAUGGAUGAGGCGGACAUCCUCGGAGACCGAAUUGCUAUCAUUUCUCACGGCAAACUCUGCUGCGUUGGUUCUUCGCUGUUCCUAAAGAACCAGUUGGGCACUGGAUAUUAUCUGACCUUGGUCAAGAAGGACGUGGAUUCGUCACUGAGCUCCUACAGGAACAGUAGCAGCACCGUGUCUUACCUGAAAAAGGAUGACAGUGUGUCUCAGAGCAGUUCAGAUGCUGGACUUGGCAGUGACCAUGAAAGUGACACUCUGACAAUAGAUGUUUCCGCAAUUUCUAAUCUCAUUAUGAAGCAUGUCCCUGAAGCCAGGCUAGUGGAAGAUAUUGGCCACGAGAUAACUUACGUCCUGCCCUACGAAGCUGCUAAAGAGGGAGCUUUUGUGGAGUUGUUUCAUGAGAUUGAUGACCGCCUCUCUGACCUUGGCAUUUCCAGCUAUGGCAUCUCUGAGACGACUCUGGAAGAGAUAUUUCUCAAAGUGGCAGAGGAACAUGGUGUGGACGCAGAGACCUCAGAUGGCACUUUACCAGCCAGAAGAAACCGCGUCUUUGGAGACAGGCAAAGCUGCCUCCGUCCAUUCACAGAAGAUGAUACUUUUGACCCCAAUGAUUCCGACGUGGACCCAGAAUCCCGAGAGACCGACCUGCUGAGUGGGAUGGAUGGCAAAGGAUCUAGCCAGAUAAAGGGCUGGAAGUUGAUGCAGCAGCAGUUCGUAGCUCUCCUCUGGAAGAGGCUGCUUAUUGCCAAACGCAGCAGGAAAGGUUUCUUUGCCCAGAUUGUUCUCCCAGCCGUCUUUGUCUGUAUUGCUCUUAUAUUCAGUUUGAUUGUGCCUCCCUUUGGUAAAUAUCCCAGCUUGGAGUUGCAACCGUGGAUGUAUGAUAAGCAGUACACGUUUAUCAGCAAUGAUGCUCCAGAAGACACAGGAACCCAGAAGCUUUUGGAUGCUCUCCUCAACAAACCUGGUUUCGGUACCCGCUGCAUGGAAGGAUACGCCAUUCCGGAUACCCCUUGUUCAGUAGGCGAAGAGGGCUGGACCACUGAUCCUGUGCCUGAGGAACUGAUGGAAAUCUUCCAGAAUGGCAAUUGGACUAUGGAGAACCCCUCUCCAUCUUGUGUCUGUAGCAAUGAGAAGGUGAAGAAGAUGCUCCCGGUAUGCCCCGCAGCAGCUGGUGGCCUGCCUCCUCCCCAGAGAGUACUGAACACUACAGAUAUCCUGCAAAACCUGACAGGUCGCAACAUUUCUGAUUACCUGGUGAAGACCUAUGCACAGAUCAUCGGGAAAAGUUUGAACAACAAGUUUUGGGUGAAUGAAUUCAGGUAUGGUGGCUUUUCAUUGGGAGCCAGUAGCUCUCUUGUGCUCCCUCGCCGCGAAGAAGUUAACGAAGCAAUCAAGCAAGUGAAGAAAAUCUUGGAAAUAGCCAAGGGGGGCUCUGGAGAACGUUUCCUUAACAGCCUGUCGAGCUUCAUGAAGGGCAUGGACACAAAUGAUAAUGUAAAGGUGUGGUUCAACAACAAAGGCUGGCAUGCCAUCAGCGCCUUUCUCAACGUAAUGAACAAUGCUAUUCUGCGCGCCAACCUGCAAGAGGGAGAGGACCCCAGCGCUUACGGCAUCACGGCCUUCAACCACCCUCUGAACCUCACCAAGCAGCAGCUCUCUGAAGUUGCCUUGAUGACGACGUCGGUGGAUGUUUUGGUCUCCAUCUGCGUCAUCUUUGCCAUGUCCUUUGUCCCGGCCAGCUUUGUGGUUUUCUUGAUCCAGGAGCGAGUCACUAAGGCCAAACACCUGCAGUUCAUCUGUGGCGUGAAGCCAGUGACCUACUGGCUGGCAAAUUUUGUGUGGGAUAUGUGCAACUACAUAGUUCCAGCCACCUUGGUCAUCAUCAUCUUCAUCGGCUUCCAGCAGAAAUCCUACGUGUCCUCAAGUAACCUUCCCGUGCUGGCUCUUCUCCUCUUGCUCUAUGGGUGGUCCAUAACGCCUCUCAUGUACCCGGCAUCCUUUGUGUUCAAGAUCCCCAGCACAGCAUAUGUGGUCCUCACCAGCGUGAACCUCUUCAUCGGUAUUAACGGGAGUGUCGCCACUUUUGUCCUCGAGCUUUUCACCAGCAAUAAGCUGACCGACAUCAAUGACAUCCUGAAGUCCGUAUUCCUCAUCUUCCCCCAUUUCUGCCUGGGCCGGGGCCUGAUUGACAUGGUGAAAAAUCAAGCUAUGGCAGAUGCCCUAGAAAGAUUUGGCGAGAACCGCUUUGUCUCUCCACUCUCCUGGGACCUGGUGGGACGGAAUCUUUUCGCCAUGGCUGUGGAAGGAGUCGUCUUCUUCCUCAUCACUGUGCUUAUCCAGUACAGGUUCUUUAUCAAAUCCAGAACUGGCAAUGCUAAGCUUCCGCCUGUGCAUGAAGAGGAUGAGGACGUGAACAGAGAACGGCAGAGGAUCAUUGGUGGCGGUGGGCAGAGCGAUAUCUUAGAAAUCAAAGAACUAACCAAGGUAUACAGAAUGAAACGAAAGCCUGCUGUGGAUAGGAUCUGCAUCGGAAUUCCACCCGGAGAGUGCUUUGGACUCCUGGGUGUGAAUGGUGCUGGCAAAUCCUCCACUUUCAAGAUGUUGACAGGAGACACCGAUGUUACAGGAGGAGAUGCUUUCCUUAAGGGCAACAGUAUUUUGUCUAACAUCCAAGACGUCCACCAGAAUAUGGGAUACUGCCCUCAGUUUGAUGCCAUAAAUGAGCUGCUGACGGGGAGAGAACACCUGGAAUUAUUUGCACUCUUAAGAGGGGUCCCUGAGAAAGAAGUCUGCAAGGUCGGUGAAUGGGCUGUUCGCAAACUGGGCCUUGUGAAGUAUGCAGAAAGAUGUGCCGGCACCUACAGUGGUGGGAACAAGCGCAAGCUGUCAACUGCCAUGGCCCUAAUCGGAGGGCCGCCUGUGGUGUUCCUGGAUGAGCCGACCACAGGAAUGGACCCCAAGGCCCGCCGAUUCCUUUGGAACUGCGCCUUGAGCGUCAUCAAGGAGGGAAGGUCUGUGGUCCUUACAUCUCACAGCAUGGAAGAAUGUGAGGCCCUGUGCACUCGAAUGGCGAUCAUGGUCAAUGGGCGGUUCAGGUGCCUUGGCAGCGUACAGCACCUGAAGAACAGGUUUGGAGAUGGCUACACAAUCAUAGUGCGAAUAGCAGGGGCAAACCCUGACCUGAAGCCUGUUCAAGACUUCUUUGAGCUCGCCUUCCCGGGCAGUGUGCUGAAGGAGAAGCAUUGCAACAUGCUGCAGUACCAGCUGCCCUCCUCUCAGUCUUCUCUGGCUCGGAUAUUUAGCAUCCUCUCCCAGAACAAAAAGAGACUCCACAUAGAAGACUACUCCGUUUCACAGACCACACUUGACCAAGUAUUUGUAAACUUCGCCAAGGACCAAAGUGAUGAUGACCACACAAAGGACUUGUCGUUGCACAAAAACCAGACUGUUGUAGAUGUCUCACUUCUGACUUCCUUUUUGAAAGAUGAAAAGGUGAAAGAAAGCUAUGUAUGAGCAGCAGCCCUGUUGCGAAGGGUGCAGCAGCCGUUCUGAGCAGAAAGGCGAAGGCAGACAUCCUUUCUGUGCCAUAGUGGGGAGAUCGUCCCACGAGCAAAGAGACAAGAGAAGAAACAGAGAGGAAGGAAAUAAAACUGAACGUGUUUGUUUUUUUACUAGUAACCAUUUGAUGCAAUGCAACCCAAUGCAAAGAAAUCAAUAUUCCAUUAUGGAGGCAGUGCCUCUUGGAGAUGUUGCCUUGUUGUACUGUUCUCUAGUGAAAGACUUGAAUCUAGUUGUUCUUUCGUUAUAAUAACUCUGUGAAAUUCUGGUAUAGUGCCACUUCCUGCUAUGUGGUCUUCUGCCAUGCUCCUGCUUGUUUCUACUUAGUACGUUUCCCGGCCAGGGGUAGCGCAACAACUGCUCAGAGGAUUCUUGGCCAGUAAUUAUUUAUUUGCCAUUUUAAGGCAUGCAUUGCCCUUCCAGAGGGCGGGUGGAAUUGCUGUGGUGCAACAUCCAUUGCUGGCAAUGAGUGUACCAGUGAAACCAGUGCCAAUUCGUCACCACGUAAUGCAUUGCUGUGGCCUUAAUUAAGUAUUAGCAGUUGGGCCCCGUUAGCUACACAAGUUUAUGGGGACGAGAAGGAGGAUCACCGUUGCCUUAUCAGCGGGCCGUGAAGCACACCACCUCAAAACAUGCAUAAAACGACAACAAUACACUUAGUUUCUUAUUAGGGUGCGGCAGAAUUAACAAUCAACCAUGGAAACAUUUGAGAGGAUUUCUAUCCCAAUGGUAUGGUGACCAAUUGCUCGUUCUUCCACUCUGCUUUCAUAAAGCCGUUGCUGUUUUCAGCUUUUAUUAAGAAUCACGUUCGAUACGUCUGUUUUCAUUGCAACAGUAUUAUUUAAAUGUGACCUGGCACCUUCUGGGGAUGUAUGGAGAUGCUGUCGUGCCUCCCUUGUCCCAAAGUAUCAAAUCAAUUUCAGUCUUGGGUCUAUAUCACGCCAAGUGUCUAGAACCUAGAUUAAGUCGCCAUCAUGUGUACAAACAGUCACAUUUCUUUUUCUAGCCUAGCAAUUCUUUACCCAGUUUCGGUAAUCAUACAAUGUACUGUGAUAGGUUUUCCCACAUUAGAAGUUAAGCCAUGUUUCUCUGAUGCAUGGUGGACAUUGCUGCCACUUGUUCCCUUUGCAGUCCUUCCUCUAUCCCAUCCCCCUCACCUGCUGGGUGGCACACCUGUCGACAAAUCUCCUGCUGCGAGCUGGAGAUUGAAAGAAAACACCCCAGUUUAGGUGUGGCAAUCCCAGGCAAAAAGUUAACUAGACUGAAUCAACUGAAAAAUAUGAUGAAGGGGUCUUUUAAAGGUGAUUUGCAAAACAGUUGCUCACUUGGGAAGCAAUCAGAAUGUUUUGUUUUAGAAAAAAAGGUCAAUCAAGUAGGUACUUUUAUGCAAGGUUGGGCGGAGUGGGGAGUGGGGAAAUGGCUGUGGGCAAUUCUUUGUGUAACUGGACUUUUUAAACAAAAACUGGAGUUUGCCAAACAUCGUCAUGCAUGCAACAUGACCAUGACCAUAUUCCAACACGACAGCACAAAGCAGAAAAGGCUAGUUACAGCAAAGGUCUUGAAAGCAAACAGGACUGGUGUCUGGAUCCUACACCUUUAUUUAGAAACCAUGUCCUGAGUGCCCAUACAACUAGCUUUUGCUAGAGUAUGCCCAAACGCCUCUCAUCAUCCUUUAACAUCCCUUUCCAUCCCAGCCACUAGUCACAAAAUGCCUACAGCUCACACAACUCAAUGCCAGGUGCUUCUCUUUUUUUUCCGCAGAGGAUACUAUGAAUAGUUAAUACUCUGCUGUUUGGCAAUGCUGACGCACAAGAGUGCUUAACUGAUUGUACACAAUGGUCAGCCUCUCCGGGCAUAAUAUAAACAAAGUGCUCUUUUAAUGUACUAUUUAGGAUAAUACUUGCAAUUUUGCCCAAGGACCAGUCCAAACAGAGGUCAAGCUCUUCUACAUGUCUACUCUGAAGUCUGUCUCAUUUGAGUUCAGUGACAAUUGCUCCCAUGCAAAUGGUAUAGGGUUGCAGCAAGAGUUUGAAACGAGAGACAUGUAGAGAGGACUGCACUGUAAAUCUUAACUGUUUGCAAGAACACGUGCUUAACUCUUUUCAUGAGAAACGAGUUCUUAGCAGUGCUUCCUGGCAGGAGUGGGGAUCCAGACUAGCUUUGACCUCAUAUUGAACACUUAGCGCUGUGUAUAAUAUGGUACAGUUGCUUCAAAAUCAGUCCUGUUACGCAAGCUUUUUGUGGGGUUAUCCUCCGUGCGAAACACAUUGUGAUACAAAACCACUGAUCAUGGAACUGUGUUAAGAACACCUACCACUUCAGUAUGUGUGCGGCAAAGUUGUUGCAUCCCUCUGCAGUAUCCGUACUGCUGUAGAGGCUUUUUCUUAUCAACACUUUUUUCCUUAUAGAAGUAAUGGUAAGCGUCUAUUACCAUGCCUUUCUUCCCAACCCAGUUUCCAACUCCUCUCCCUUUAAUACGAUUGGUCCUUCAUUCCAAGCACUUUAUGCUAGCUGUAAUGGGAUCUGUUUUUGCACUGGAAUACCCUUGUCAACUUUGCAAAAAAUCUAGAGCAUUUUUUCCUCACACACAAAUUAAGUUAAUCUUUUCAAUGGACAUUUUCAUGAAAAACGAAUAUAUAUUUGUAUUGCUAAUAACUAUUUGUGAAGUAUUAAUAGGCAUUUGUUAAUUGCCUUGUAUCGAGCAUAAAAAUAAAGUGUUGCUGGUCUACAAUUGUGCAUUUAUUAUUAAGACUACUGCACGAAUCUGUUGACAAGUUAGAAAUCUUUUCCAAGUUUACUGGUAAAAAGCAACAUUCAAAAAAAUCUGCCACCCCAUUGCCAUUUGAAGUGGCACAGUCCAAAAAUUCAUCUCUGCAUCAUUAAGUACAGUGGUGCCUCGCUAGGUAAAGGUAAAGGGACCCCUGACCAUUAUGUCUAGUCGUGACCGACUCUGGGGUUGCGCGCUCAUCUCGCAUUAUUGGCUUCCAGGUCAUGUGGCCAGCAUGACAAAGCCGCUUCUGGCAAACCAGAGCAGCACAUGGAAACACCGUUUACCUUCCCGCUGGAGCGGUUCCUAUUUAUCUACUUGCAUUUUGAUGUGCUUUCGAACUGCUAGGUUGGCAGGAGCUGGGACCAAGCAACGGGAGCCCACCCCGUCACAGGGAUUCGAACCGCCGAACUUCCGAUCAGCAAGCCCUAGGCUCAAUGGUUUUAACCACAGCACCACCUGGGUCCCUGGUGCCUCGCUAGACGAAUUUAAUUCGUUCCACAGGUCUUUUCUUAUAACGAAAAAUUCGUCUAGCGAAUCCCAUAGGAAUGCAUUGAAUUUUUCCCCCCAUAGGAACGCAUUAAUUGAAUUUCAAUGCAUUCCUAUGGGAAACCGCGAUUCGCUAGACGAAUUUUUCAUAAAACGAAUUCGUCUAGCGAGGCAACCUCCGCUCGAAAAAAUCCUUUCGUUAAGCGGAAAUUUCGUUAAGCAGGGCAUUCGUUAAGCGAGGCACCACUGUAGCUCAGCUCCUAAAGACGGUGGAUCUCAGCCACAUGGACGCCCCUACAUCAUUCUCCCUUGUGAAAUCUGUAAAUGAACUCUUCCUGCAUCUGCAAAAAAAAAAAACAACCACCCCACCCACCCUUGGGUUUUUAAAGUAACUUUACCACCCUGACCUAACUGAAGAUAGCCACUCCAGUAAGGAUGCUAUGUCUAAAAUCUGAAGCACCAGAAAACAAAAUCAAGACCACAGUAGUAUGUAUAAACAUCCCUCCAAAAAGUCAUUUUUAAUGUUCACAUUUCCACAUUCACAUCCCAGGUAUUUGAGAUGAUUGUUCCAGGUGUGCAAGCAUGUGCAAGAGAGAUGAAUGAACAGAGGCGCUUCCAGAAAUAGCAAGUUAAUUCAGAGUUUCAGCAUUUUAGCCAGCCAGCGAGAGCUCCAUGCUCAUGAAAUGAAUGAGGUAAACUUUUCCAUGUACUGUAAAGGUAAUAAAAGCCAGGCUGGACCCGAAACAGAAACUGACAGAUGAGUUCCCAUGUUGCAUUUAAAAAUGUGUGUGUGUGUGUGUGUGUGCAGGGGAGAAAGUUAUCUUCAUGGUUUCUUAUUCACUCAACCACUAUGUAAACUGCACUGCAAGGGUUGCUUUGACCCAGAUUUAUCCCAACUGCAGCCAGGCAGUUAAUGAGAAACCUAAAAAUUACAUUGUUUAGGCCAGCAUUGGAAAAUUAUAUCAUCAUAGGCAAAUAGAUCUCACCGCUGGGCUGAUGCAGCUGUUGAGCUUUAGAACAGCUGACGUGGAAACUGUAGGGCUUGUGGAACUGGGAAAAAAAGAAAUCACUACACAUGAUGUUUGCUAUUCUUCCCGUUUUGCUCCGUGUGCAUAGUUUGAAAGCCUGCAAAUGGGGUUUGACUAAAAGAAGCAUGUACAGUAGACUGGGGGGGGGGGGAAGGUUGUAUCUCUUAAAUCACUUUUAGCUCUCCUAGGGCACAAUAGCAAGGGCCCCUUCCCACUGCAGGUGGAGAGGUGGGUC